AUGAUGGACUGCCUGUGCCCCGCGCCGCGCACGCUGGCUUGUCGCGUGGUGCUGCUCGACGAACGAGAACUCCUCCAUGAAAUACAGGACAACAACACCGGCCAGGCGUUACUAGACGUAGUAUUCCGUCACCUGGACCUCUUAGAAACCGCUUAUUUUGGUCUCCGCUACGUAGACCAAGAUAAUCAAACGCAUUGGCUGGACGCGGGCAAAAGAUUGCGUCGUCAGCUUCGAGGCUCCGAUCCCCAUACUUUCUAUUUCGGAGUAAAAUUCUACGCGGCAGACCCAUGCAAGCUACUAGAAGAGAUUACCCGGUACCAGUUGUUCUUGCAACUGAAGCAAGACGUCCUGCGCGGUCGGCUGCCUGUCAACUUCGACCUCGCCGCUGAGCUCGCCGCAUAUGUGCUGCAAUUACUUAUUGUUACGAUUUGUGCAGCGGAGCUGGGCGACUACGACCCGAGGCGACACGGGCUCGGCUACGUGUCUGAGUUCCGCUUGUUGGCGCACCAGACUCCGGAGCUCGAGGCGCGCGCCGCUGAAAUACACCGCACACUCACGGGAAUUUCACCGGCGCAAGCAGAAUUGAGCUACUUGGAUAAAGUGAAAUGGCUCGACAUGUAUGGUGUAGAUCUACAUCCAGUUUUGGGUGAAGACAGUGUCGAGUAUUUCCUCGGGCUGGCGCCAAGCGGUCUUUUACUGUUACGCGGAAAACACACAGUUGCGAACUAUUAUUGGCCGCGCGUCUCCAAACUUUAUUACAAGGGACGCUACUUCAUGCUCCGCGUAGCAGAUAAGAAUAAUGACACAUCGACCUACGGCUUCGAGUCCCCGACGAGGUCGGCCUGCCGUCACCUCUGGCGUUGCUGUUCAGAUCACCACACCUUCUUCCGAAUGCAGCAGACAUCACCAGCCUCAGCCGAUAUCUUCUCAUUAGGAACGAGACUGAGAACUAGUGGCAGAGGAUCAAGACCCCGACCUCCUCCCGCGUUCACACGGACCCCGUCCCGCCGUAUAGCGCGACCGCAACACGCUUCGCACGCAUCGCUUAAUGACGUGCCAAAAUUAGAAGACUUGAGAAUAAAAGACUGUCCCCCAGAAAUCAAACAACCUACCUCAGUACAUCGGCCAAACUCGCUUCGAAUAAGUGGCGAAGUAUUGGGUGUCGAAGUUCCCGCGGUGGGAGGAUCUCCAAGAUCCACUCGGUCUGCGCCGACCCGACGUGGCCUCUACUCAGCCUCGCCUACUGCCACCAGACCACCACCUGCUCCAAGACAUCGAUCAGCAUCAGUAGACUCACAGAGUUCCAACGAUUCACGUUCUAAUCGCAAACAUAAACAUCGUUCACGAAGACAGCAGUCUGAUGCCGAAAGCGAACUGUCUCGAGGCUCAGGACGGUCGGGACGACGGCACCGACGCCAUCGGUCCAGACAUAAGCACGAGUCCGGCUCCGAGAGGGAUGACUCACAACCAGAUACCAAAGAAUACGAACUGGUCGAUUCAGAAUCGCAAUGGAAGGAAGUUUUGCGACAAACCACUGUCGGUAGCGGAGUUCAAGUGGCAAACGUACGUCGCUCGCAAAUGGAGCCAGAGACUGGGACACAUCGAUCAUCUCACAGACACCGACGACAUAGAAAACAUCGGUCUCGGUCGGGCUCCCCCAAUGACAAGAAAUGGUUGCCAAGUGAAUUGAAACAGCACUUGGAGUUCUCAUUAGUAGACACGACUGGUAUGACCGAGGAACAACUAAAGGAAAUACCAUACACAGUAGUUCAGACCAGCCACGCGCGGCAAACUAAACUCCGAACCUCUUCAAAGCAUCGACAAGCUGAACACGGAUCAUUAGCAAGACGAGAUAAAAGCUCGUCAUCUCACGGCAAAAAUAUCCAUGAUAGUCAUAAUCAAGGAUCCCUUCGAUCUAGCUCCAGCACACUCAGCACGCAUCGAACCAGCCACGAGAAACAUGGAAGACGUGUUUAUCCGAGCUACGAUGAACCCGUUGGGAGGACGGGCGAUGAUUUCUUGACAAAUAACGGGUACAAAGGCAAUGUGACGCCGAUCUCGAACAACAACAACCCUUACAGCCCCGUUACCAACAGCAACAGUAACAGCUCAAGCGGUGAACUGAUUGGCAGUGCGCGCGUCUCACACGAACACACCGACUCGGGGCUCGGAGCAGAUCAGGAUUACGCGUACUCCUCGGAGAGCCGGCGAUUGGAAACUGAUGUAAGGCCCAUGUCUCUCGGGUGCAGGUCGAGUGAUAGUGCCAAGUGCGGAGCUGGAGGAUCUUCACGGACGGCGCCUGUGAGUAGGCAGUGGGCGAUGGGCGAGUGUGGUUUGCGGGAGGCGCGGGGCGCGGGCGGUGGUGGCGGUGGUGCGGUCACUCGACGGCCUCCGGCGGCUCCAGGGCGCGCGCGCGCCUCCGUGUCUGGGUCGCAGCGCUCGCUGCUGUCGGUGGCCAGCGACUCGGCCACCGCGCGCCGCCCCCGCGACCUCGCGCCGCGCUACCCUCACCCGGCCGACGGGGGCUUUUCUCUCUUCGUGAGUGGGCGCUUUGCUUUCUAACAUGUCUUCCGCUCACCGACGGCUCUUGUCUCGAUCAAUUCAAAACAAAGCUCAACUCUCAAAUAUUCGGAAAAGUUUGUAUAAAGCUCCUGUAAACGUAAUAUGCUCUGAAAAUAUGUAACUAUUAAUUUUUCCCCAUAAGCGUAUAAUAAAAAAAUCUUCCAUCACAAAUUCACAAGGGCCGUCGGAAAUAUCUGCAGCUCCUGUUUCUGGGUCGCUGAUAAAGCUAACAGUGUACAGGUUGCUGUAAAACGAGAAUAUUUUACACGAUCUAAAAUAAUUAUGUACAAUUUUUAGGAUUACUGAAAUGAAAAUAUAAACCAUUCAACAUAGGCGUAGAAUAGAAGAGACUUGCGUAGGAUAGCCUAAUUUCACUGACGAACUUUUAUUGUAGAUUUAUUUUACUUGUAUUUAUUUUCUUAUAUUUCAAAGAUAUUCUCAAGAUUUCUUCUUGCU